GGGAAGGAUAGAAAAGAGCUGUUUGCACCGCCCUUCUAGGAAAAAAAAAGUGUAUUUAUAGAUUCAACAUGUUGACACUAAAUAAGAUAUUGGGAGUUCCUUGUAGACUAUCCAAAUGGCAAAUACAUGGAUUUUUAAAAAGUUUUACUUUUCAUCCUGGAAAACAGUUACUUCAUAAACUUGUAUUAGGAAUUGAAACCAGUUGUGAUGACACAGCAGCUGCUGUGGUGGAUGAAACUGGCAACAUCCUAGGAGAAGCAAUACAUUCCCAAACUAAAGUUCACUUAAAAACAGGUGGGAUUAUUCCUUCAGUAGCACAGCAGCUUCACAGAGAAAAUAUUGAAAAAAUAGUGAAAGAAACUCUUUCUGCCAGUGGAAUAACCCCAAAUGAACUCUCAGCAAUUGCAACUACUGUUAAACCAGGACUUGCUUUAAGCCUGGGAGUAGGCUUGGAGUAUAGCACGCAACUGGUAAACCAGUACAAGAAGCCUUUCAUUCCUAUUCAUCACAUGGAAGCACAUGCACUAACUAUUAGAAUAACUAAUAAAGUAGAUUUUCCUUUCUUAGUUCUCUUGGUCUCUGGUGGUCACUGUUUACUGGCCAUAGUUCAAGGUGUUUCAGAUUUUCUUCUACUCGGAAAAUCAUUAGAUAUAGCACCGGGUGACAUGCUUGACAAGGUAGCAAGAAGACUUUCUUUAAUAAAGCACCCAGCAUAUUCCACCAUGAGUGGUGGCAAGGCUAUAGAACAUUUAGCCAAACAAGGAAAUAGAUUACAUUUUGAUUUUCGACAUCCCCUGCAUUUCUGUAGAAAUUGUGAUUUUUCUUUUUCUGGACUUCAGACUACUGUUGACAGAAUGAUAACACAAAAGGAAAAAGAGGAAGGGAUUGAGAAGGGAGAAAUCUUGUCCUGUGCUGCUGAUAUUGCUGCUGCAGUACAGCACACAGUAGCUAGCCACAUUGCUAAACGAACACAUCGUGCUAUUUUAUUUUGCCAACAGAGAGGUGUUCUAACUCCUUCUAAUGCAGUGUUGGUUGUAUCCGGAGGUGUUGCAAGUAAUUUAUAUAUUCGAAAAACUUUGGAAAUUGUAACAAAAGCAACAAAUUGUAUUUUAUUAUGUCCUCCUCUCAAACUUUGUACAGAUAAUGGAAUUAUGAUUGCAUGGAAUGGUAUUGAGAAAUUGUGUGCAGGACUGGGCAUAUUACACAACACAGAAGGCAUUCGAUAUGAACCAAAAUGUCCUCUUGGAGUUGAUAUAUCAAAACAAGUUCAAGAAGCUGCCAUAAAAGUACCAAGUUUGAAGAUUUGAUCCUUGAUUUUCCUUAAGAAAAAAAUUUUAAAGCUAGACAGGACUGAAGAAAGCUUUGUGGCCGUGGAAUAAACUAUUAAAUAUGACUAGACAACUUGUACAUGUUUACUGUUAUAAAUGGGUCUUGGUGCAAAUCUGUCCACCACAACAAAAAACUGAAAGUGCUCAUUUUCCUAAUGAUGGAGAGUACUUUGGAGGG